UGUGGUUUAAGUGCUAAUAAUUGUGGAUUUCAAUUAGUUAAAAUGCUGUUGAUCAUUCUGAGUGUGUUCAUUGCACACAGCGUGUCGCACACUAUCACACUCUUGGACGUGCCCCGGUGGACUGAUCCUAAAAAAGAAGCUGAACUACGGUGUCAGUACGCGAGGCAGCCUCUCGAUCCUCCGUUGCACUCCGUCAAAUGGUACAAAGACACUCACGAGAUCUUCAGAUACACCCCUCAAGAGCUGGAGACCAGGGCCUUCAAUAGCAGUGGAGUAAUCGUCACGAAUGAUUCAUGCAACCCCGAGGAGUGUGUCAUCACGGCGCGGCCUGAACGUGGAACCAGCAAGUUUACUUGUGAGGUCUCCAGUGAGGGGCCGCGGUUUGCCGUGGAUAGACAAUCGGCCAACAUGACGGUGGCUGUUCUACCAGAAUACGAUCCACUGAUCACGGGUCUCCCAACCAUGGUCCAGGCAGGAGAACAGGCUGUGGUCAACUGCACUUCUGAUUACUCGCUACCAGCGGCCAUAAUAGAUUGGUUUGUGGAUUCAGAACCUCAAGAAGAUCCGCUCAUCACCAGUGAAAAUCACGUCUCGGGGGCUGACGGGGAUGGUCUUAGUGCUUCCUGGCGAACUCUACACGUGUACCCUGAUGACUAUCCCACACAACGGGGGUAUCUCGCUUUGAUGUGCCGCGCGACGGUGCCCACGCGACCCCCAAACGUGAGGUCGAUGUCCGUGCGACUGUACGUCGCGAGUCGACCUCAUAUUUCUACUUAUAUGUUUAGUAAAAAUAAUGCCCUGCUACCCAGCAGUAGCGUGAAGACAUUUACGCAGUACACUUGGACGUUGUUAGUUACUGUGCAAGUGUCUAUAUUUGUGACGUAA